CUAAUUGUCAGCCUGCUGUGUAACUGCCCACGCCUUGUUUGGGAAAGGGUUUUAUUACUGUAACACCAGUGGUUUAUCCAACAGGCAGGACUAAAAGAGAAGCCGGACAAAAGAAGCUGUUCCAGACCACGGAGCUGUCCUCAACACACAAGUUCUGAGCACUGAGUCCUGGAGACAGCCAAGCAAGAAAGAAUGAAGCUGCCACUUUCCUCUGCCAUGAUCAUCCUGAUGGUCACUGCAGCAAUUUGGUCAGUCCCUAAAACUGAAGCAGCAAGAGCUGCACGAUGCGAGCAGUUCCAGUUACCCGGAUGCCCACGGGAUUAUGAUCCUGUGUGUGGAACUGAUGGAAAAACCUAUCCCAAUGAGUGCAUGCUAUGUUACUUAACCAAGGACAGUGCACAGAAAGUGCAGGUUGCGUCAAAUGGAGAAUGCUGAUGCUCCCAAGGAAACUAGACAAUCAACAUGUAAUCUGGCUUUAAUGUCAAAGCAGCAGAUAUAGCUUGUGUAACCUGACUUGCUUGUGAGCAAACUCACAAUCUUCAUUUUCAUAAACUUUGUUUGUUAUUUAAAUGUCUUGUCUUAAAGCUAUUGCUAUCAAACAGUCCAAUGUAAUCACCACCAUAGGAUUUAUAAAGAAGAAUAAAGAAAACUGAAAAGUAAA